AUGGCUGACUUAGACUCCCUCCUCCAAGUCAACGAUUCUCACCAACUUCGCGAACGCGUUAGCCAACUUGUCUCCGAAGUUCUAUCCCGCGCAGAGGAUCCCUCCGCCAACCAACUUUCGUACGAACAACGCCUAGAGCUCAUCUCUGCACUUCCUCGACUGUCUGAACAACAAAUUCACGAUGCUGGACAGACAGACUCGUUUUGCCCCAUCUGCUACACCCCCUUUCCUGCUCUUCUAGCCGAAGAAGAGACUGCAUUAGCUAUAGAUUCUCCUGCUCAUCCUGCUGACGAGCUUGGAGUCACUAAGCUAGGCCAAUCGUGGCAAUGCGGUCACUUUUUCUGUCGCAAAGACAUAUCCAAGUGGAUUCAUGGCGGGCACGGCUCCUGCCCAAUGUGCGGAACGAUGAAGACUCUGUCUGCCCUCUUAGCUCAAAUCGAGUCAUUCAUGCAACAAGUCCAUUCAAGCGGGGCAGUCGCCUAUGUUGACCACGACGGCGAGUUUCGGGGUUUUGGCGAACCACUCUAUGUGCCAGAAGGCGGCUACAACGAUGAUGACCGCAUCCCCAACUACAUCUACCCAACCUUGUUCACUGCUCUUGGCGGCUUUCUAUGGGGUUUCGAUACUGGAAGUGUCGGACCCAUCACGGUAAUGCCUCAGUUUGCAAAGCAGUUUGGCUCGAUUUCAGCCACCGUCCAAGGACUCUUCGUUUCGUCCAUUAUUGCAACUGCUGCAUUUUCUUCGCUAUCUUCUGGUGCUUUAUCUGACCGCAUUUCUCGAACGUACACCAUUGCGCUCGGGUCUCUAAUAUUCUCAGUUGGAGCCGCCAUUGCUUGCUCCGCAAACACUCUGGCACAACUCUUCGUCGGUCGAUGUGUUACCGGACUUGGUCAAGGGAUCUUCAUCUCAAGCAUCACUGUUUAUGUAAUGGAGAUCUCUCCAACGACGAUGCGAGGUCGUACAAUGACGACCGUGCAACUAUUCAAUACUGUUGGCAUUGCCGCAGGCUAUUUUACUUGUUUUGGGACGGUCAAAAAGUCGGGCAGCAUAUCAUGGCGGCUGCUGCUGGGCUUGCAAGCGUUGGUCGCAAUCGUCCUCGCCAUUGGCACUCCCUUCUUUCCUCAUUCUCCACAUUGGCUUUUGAGUGUCGGGCGUGUGACUGACGCUGAGCGAGCGACCCUCAAACUCGGUCUCCGAUUAACGGAAAUCCGGAAGGAAGACGAACUAGCCGCCGCAGAGGCCGCUAAACUGACCGUCUGGCAACAAGCCAGGGAGCUUUGGGCCAGAGAUGUCAGAUUCCGCACUUUCUUUGCGCUCUUUUUGAUGAGCAUGCAACAAGCAAGUGGUAUCGAUGCGGUCCUCUACUAUGCCCCCGUUUUGUUCCAGCAAGCCGGCCUGUCGACAACUGAGGCCGCAUUCCUUGCUUCGGGCGUUUCUGGGAUCCUUAUGGUCGCUCUGACGGCAGGCUCUCCAAGACAAAUGGGCCCGCCGAACCCAAAUGGUGGGCGGCGGACGACCGGAGGCAAACGAACACUGAUUGCCCUCAUCUACAUCUUCAUCGCUGCCUUCGUCACAAGCUGGGCUGUCGUGAUACGCGUGGUCUCGAGCGAGAUGCAACCGAAACGGACACGCGCACCUGCGUCGAGUCUCGCCCAGUGCUUGAGCUGGGCUGUAAAUUGGAUAAUCGCCUUUUCGACGCCACUCUUUCUGUCGAGGUCAACAUCAGGACCGUACUUCCUGUUUGGUGGCUUCAGUCUGCUGACGGUCUUGGUCUGUCUCAUUUGGCAGCCGGAGACGAAGGGACUUAGUUUAGAGGCACUUGACCAAGGAUUCGACGAUACCAAGCUCCAGUUUGCCAUCAAGAAGCUGUUCAAGUCUAAAACGAAAUCGCAGGCAACUUUUGCUUUAGGCCACACAGGCAACUAG